GUUAAACAACAGCAUCUGCCCUCGGGAGAAGCAUUCAGAUCCAAGCCAACUCCAACUCUCUCAGAUCUCAUCGAAACAACCGGAGAGAUACCGAGCAAUCACAAACCUUAGCAAUCUGGCCUUGGCGACUUCACAAACUCUCCAGCUCAGGUGAGAAAUGGAGGGGUUUCUUGUCAGCGCCGCCACCGGGGCCUUGAGACCGGUGCUGGAGAAGCUAGGCGCCGUGCUGGGCGCCGAGUACAAGCGUUUCAAGGGGGUGCGCGGCGAGAUAAAGUUCCUCGCCGGCGAGCUCACGGCAAUGCACGCUUUCCUGCUCAAGAUGUCGGAGGUCGAGGAUCCCGACGCGCAGGACAAGGCGUGGAUGGACGAGGUGCGGGAGCUGUCCUACGACAUCGACGACAGCCUCGACGACUUCAUGCUCCUCGAUGACGACAACGGCAUUAGUAAGGCAGAUCAUGGCUUCAUUGACAAAAUCAAGAGCCUGUUGAAGAAGACGAGGAGCCGCAGCGGUAUCGCCAAGGCGAUCCAAGAUCUGAAGAAACAGGUGGUUGUGGUUGGCGAGAGGCAUGCGAGGUACAAGAUCGGUGAGGCUAUCUCCAGGAGAGGCAGCGCAGCGGUUGACCCUAGAGCUCUUGCUAUCUUCGUCGACAUGUCGACGCUUGUCGGCAUGGACGGACCGAAGCAAGAGGUUAUUGACAUGUUCACCGAACAAUCCGAAUCCGGAUGUGAAUCGACCCAACAACGACAUCCGAAGGUGGUCUCCAUUGUGGGUUUCGGUGGACUGGGUAAGACGACUCUUGCAAACCAAGUGUACAAAGAGAUGAAAGGGGAAUUUCAGUGUAGUGCUUUUAUAUCCGUGUCGAGGAUUCCAGACACGAUGAAAAUUCUUAGAGCUAUCCUCAGUGCAGUGAGUGGGAGAGGUUAUGAAAAAACAGAUGAUGUGAACGAACAACAGAUCAUUAUCAAGAUCUCGGAUUUCCUCGAAGACAAAAGGUACUUUAUUGUAGUUGAUGAUAUAUGGAAUGUGGAAAUAUGGGAUAUUGUUAAGUGUGCAUUCCCCAAGACCAGUUGCGGCAGUAGGAUUAUCACCACCACUCGUAUAAAUGAUGUAGCUCAAUCAUGUUGUUCAUCUUCUGGUGACCAUAUUUAUAAUAUAAGGCCUCUUAAUAUGGUUCACUCCAAACAGUUGUUUCACAAAAGGCUAUUCAACUCCAAGGAAGAAUAUCCUUCGAACCUUAAAGAUGUGUCUGAUCAAAUAUUGCAAAGGUGUGCUGGCUUGCCUUUGGCGAUUAUUGCUAUAUCUGGUCUGUUGGCCAACAGACCAACUACAAAGGAUCAUUGGGAUCAAGUCAGAACCUCAAUUGGUUGUGGACUUGAAAGAAAUUCUAGCAUUGAGAAAAUGGUGAAGAUAUUAUCACUUAGUUACUUUGACCUUCCUCCUCGUCUUAAAACAUGUCUGUUGUACCUGAGUAUAUUUCCAGAAGACAGUAUUAUUGAGAAACAAAACCUCAUAAACAGAUGGAUUGCUGAGGGAUUUAUUCGUGAAGAACUAGGAUAUACAGUGGAUGAGGUAGGAGAGAUGAGUUUCAAUGAGCUCAUCAAUAGGAGUUUAAUCCAACCUGUCAGACUAAAGAAAUUAACCGGUGAGGUGAAGACUUGUCGUAUUCAUGAUACAAUUCUUGAUUUCCUAAUAUCCAAGUCUAUUGAAGAGAACUUUGUUACUUUCGUUGGUGUUCCCAAUCUAACUAUUGGAACACAAAGAAAAGUUCGCCGGUUCUCUCUUCAAGGUGGCAAAGAAGGAAAUAUUACUCUACCAAAGAGACUUAUAUCAUCACAAGUCCGGUCAAUUAGUGUGUUUGGGGAUUUAGAGGAAAUCCCUUCCCUGGAAAAGUGUAAUCAUUUGCGUGUUCUAGACUUUCAAGGUAUUUUCUUGGGAAGAAAUCCUUUUGCAAAUAUAAAGAGCUUAUUUCAGCUGCGAUAUCUGAACCUCAGAAAUACAGAUGCAAGUAAUCUUCCUGAACAAAUCGUUCAUGCAAAGUGCUUAUGGAUGUUGGACCUAAGAAACACCAAUAUGAAGGAAUUACCAGCAGCCAUUAUUAGGCUUGAAAAUUUGGUGCAUCUGUUUACUGAUUGUGAUGUUAAAUAUCCAGACGGAAUGGCGAAGAUGCAAGCAUUGCAGACUCUGAAACAGAUUGGUACCUCCUUGCAGUCAUCUAACUUUUUUCAAGAACUUUCUCAGCUAAAGAAUCUGAGGAAGCUGCGGCUGGAAUUUGACUAUGAUCCAACAGAAGUUAUCAAGAAGCACAUGAAAGUUAUCACCUCAUCUAUCUGUCAACUAAGCAUACUCAGCCUUGACUCUCUAAGAAUUGGAAGGGAGGAGGACGAAGAGACGGAGAUAGAUUUGUCAUUGGAUGACAACUUCUUACUGCAACAGUGGUGUCCCGCUCCACGUAGCCUCCGGGAACUUGAGAUUUGUCUAAUCAUUUUGUAUGUUCCGGAUUGGGUGGGGCCACUCGUCAACCUCCAGCGUUUAUUCCUUUGGGUGAAGAAAGCCAGGCAGGAAGAUCUCUUCACCCUUGGAGGCUUACCCAUUUUAUCCUCUUUAGUUAUCGGCGUAGAAGGGGAAGUAGAGUCUUCAAGAAUGCUUACAGUAAGUGGUGCCAAUGGAUUCCCAUGCCUAAAGUCGUUUUUCUUCUCAGCAUAUGAGCUUGGGGUAGAGCUCAUGUUUCUAGAAGGAUCCAUGCCGAAGCUAGAGUUUCUCUCCAUUUAUUUCAAUGCAGUUAAUACGUCUAGUGGUGCUUUUGAACUUGGAAUCCAAAACCUCCCCUGCCUCGAUACUCUUGAUUGUACACUUUAUGGAGUUAGUGAGAGCAGUGAUUGGAUUAUUCAGGCUGCAAAGGCCGCCAUGGAGAGAGCUACCGCAACACACCGCAACCUCCCUGGGCUUGCAAUAACCACAAGGAAGUAUUACAUGAAUCAUUGGAUGGUUUGUGCUGAAUCUCGUCAGCAUAUUUUGAAGGGGGCGCGUGUUGGAGAAUUGCAGAGGAGCUCCGAGGUGCUACACACCCUGACGUCUACGACAGACACACACCUGUCUUGGGACCAUCCAUUUGUGAUGUAUUGACGUGGUAUAAUUUGAUGUAUCCCACCCUUGUAUUUCCGAAGAUAUCCGUACCAGGUUGGCCAACCGUAUUAAUGUGGGAUGCUGGUAAUAUUUUUAAAUAGAAGGCCACUUGGUCCGAAAAUACCAAACAGAAUG